AUGUCGGCCGUUGCUCGUACUAUCCGCCCCUUUGCCUCCCGGGCCCUCGCCCAGAAGCCCCUGGCUCCCAUGUGCCGCGCUGCACCUGCUUUCCGCUUCCCGCGGGGAACCCGGAGCUUCACCCAGAGCCCUCUUGAGCUCAAUGGAGCUUCCUCGUGUCGAUAUAUUGCUGACGACGUCAUCGAUGUAGCUCUGGCCAAGAAGUAUACCGAGUCCCACGAAUGGGUUGAGCUUGUCGACGGCAAGAUUGCCAAGGUCGGUAUCACCGAGUACGCCGCCCACGCUCUGGGUGACGUCGUUUUUGUCGAGCUUCCUGAGGAGGGCCUUGCCGUUUCUUCUGGUGAGCCCGUCGGUGCCGUCGAGUCCGUCAAGUCUGCUUCCGAUGGAAACGCCGUGCUUGAGGACAAUGCAAAGACUAUCAACUCUAGCCCCGAGGGCGAGGGCUGGAUUGCCGAGAUCGAAGUGAACGACGUGGCUGAGCUUGACGCGCUGCUGGAUGAGGCGGCCUACAAGGCCACUCUGGAUGAGUAG